AUGUUAAUCAAGCGCCCGGCAAAGUCACUAAGCCAACCAAGUGGUCGUGUAGCAUCACCGGAUUCCGAUGAAACUUUUGUCAAGGCUCCAAGGAGGGUUCCUUUCUUCGAUGGCUAUGUUCUCCGGGAUUUGCAACUUUCACACGAUAUGGGAGUUGCCGUGCUGGAAAAUGGAGAUUUAGUGCAAUGGGGCAAAGGUUAUACUCCUGAAUGUAGGAUACCAGUCGUCACAUUCGAGGGUAAAGAUAUCGUCAAGGCCGGCUUAUCGGAGGAUCGCAUUGUCGCUUUAUCGUCAUCAGGGAAGGUUUAUUCCAUUCCAUUUUCAAAGGAGGAGCAACAAUUAUUUGCAAAGCCUACUGAGUCGAGCGGGCUACCUUUUUGGAAGUCUACCUCAGAGUCCAAGACAUCAUAUCGGGAUUUGACACCCGCAAAGGAAAAAAUUGUGGAUAUAGCCGUCGGUCAUGAACACACGGUUAUGCUAACGUCUCGUGGGAAAGUCUUCACUGCCGCUUGUGCUAGCUAUAACUUUCCUUCAAAGGGUCAAUUAGGGAUUCCUGGGAUGUCCUGGGAAUCUAAGCCAAAGCCAUAUGAUACCCCACAAGAAGUAAAAGACUUGGAUAAAUUUCAGAUAACACAGAUUGCGGCGGGGAACUACCACAGUGUGGCUGCCGAUAAAGAGGGGAAGAUUUUUGUCUGGGGUGAUAACACCAAAGGACAACUUGGCCUUGAUUUCACUGAAGAUUCUAUCCCCAAACCUAAGUUAAUUCCGCGAAGAGCAUUCUACAAAGGUGACGGGAUCAAAACAAAGCUCCAACAGAUAUUUGCGGGGGGGUAUAACACAUACUUCACCAUGGAGACUCAUACGCCGAAUGAGGAUUUCAACAAGCCAGCAGCCCAAACCUAUGAUGUAUUUGCCUGUGGUCAUGGCUUACAUGGCUCUUUGGGUACAGGGUUUUAUGCGCACGCUCAGGCAGCUCCUCAGAAGGUCAAAUCAAUUAGUGGUCUUACCGAAUAUAGCGAGAAGAAGGCAGGGCUUGUGCCGAUUAAUACAUCUUACCUAACAGUGGGAGGAUCGCAUACCGCUGUAGUCAUGUCGAAUCAGCAAAACACAAGAGCUAGCGAUGCUGAAUUUGGAAAUGAUAUCUUGUUCUUUGGCGGAAAUGAGUUUUACCAGCUUGGCAACGGAAAGAGGGCGAAUCAGAAUGUCCCAGCAUAUAUCUCUCCAAUUGAUUCCGGUAGCGGGAAAAGGUCUGAUGAAAGGUUUCAGGUAAUCCCGGGGAAGAAGAUCAAAUUCCUUGACCAGAAUUCGAAGAGCCGGUCGGUCAAGAUCGAGCAAAGAGUCGUAGCUGGACGGGGAUUGACAGGCUGUUAUGCGAAGACAGCUUAA